UUGAUAAGUGAUUAAAAAAUGGGAAUUUACCGAAAAAUAAAAGAAACAUUUAAUUUCAUUGUCAUCCCAUCUUUAUUUUUUUUCUAUUUCUUACACUUAUUUUGUCUUGAGAAGUUCAGAAUUACAAUUUGAAGUUUGAUCGGGAUUUGAGUUUGAUCGGAACUACAAACUUACAUUUUUAUUGGUUGUUUACGAUUAAUUCUUGUAAGGCUACAGUUACGAAGUGGAUAGUUUUUGUUUUUGAUAAAGUGCAAAAAAUAUUAAUGGCAGGCCAAGAAUAUACAGGAAACCAAUAUCCGCAGGAAUGUGAACCUAUUGCAGCAUCAAAAUUUCAUAAAGUUUUAUAUGAAUUACCAUUUAAAACCAGAGGUCCACCAAAACCAUUUGACGGAAAAAAUGGGAUUUCCCGGAAUAAUGACUUUGUUCUCUUACCUUUUUCACCAGAUUGUUCAAUCAAAGAAAACUAUCAAGGCGGUGGGGUAUUCAAGCAGCAAUUGUGGAAUGUUAUACAUGAGUCAUUAUCAAAACCAAUAAAGUCUAGUAGUGAUUUUGAAAACGCAAUAAGAAAAUAUAGUAAUGGAAUCGGAAAUUUUGCAUUACUUCAUAAUUAUUUAAAUAAACACACUCCAGGUUUAGAAGAUUUUUUCGAUGUUUUGUUAAGAAUUAAAAAACUGGCCUUAGAAUUGCCCAAUUUAAUAAAAACUGGAGUGCCAUUUUUAAGAAAAGGUUCACCUGAACAAACUUUGGAUUUUUCCAUAAGCUUAAGUCAACAGCAAAUUUCUUCAUUGCUUGCGAAUGCUUUUUUAUGCACAUUUCCUAAAAGAAAUUUUUCAGAUCGAUAUCCGGAUAUAAAUUUCAAUAGACUUUUUGAGCUAGACACUCCUAAAGCUAAAGAAAAACUUUUAUGUAUAUUAAAUUACUUUAGACGAGUUUGUAGUCGCACACCUGAUAAUGUUGUUACAUUUACACGUCGUUCUAUUUCAAAGAGUGAUUUUCCAAGAUGGGACUGUAGAGAAGAUGCUUUUUCAAGUAUAAAUAUUGCUGUAAACCAUAAAGGUAGUAUUGAAGAUAAUGGGAAAAAAUUUUUACGAGUUGAUUUUGCCAACAAAUAUGUUGGAGGUGGCGUUCUUAGUCGAGGAUGUCUUCAAGAAGAAAUUCAAUUUUUGAUUCACCCCGAACUUAUUAUAAGCAGGCUUUUCACGGAAUGUUUGCAGGAUAAUGAGGCUUUGAUCGUAUAUGGUGCUGAAAGAUUUAAUUGUUACGAAGGGUAUGGGGAUUCUUUUAAAUUUAUCAAUAAACAUUUUCAAGAUGAUUUGGAAAUUGAUAGUAGUAAACGUCGUAAGUCAUUUAUAGUUGCAAUCGAUGCUAUCGAGCUCUCAGAUUUUGCACAACAAUACGAGAAACAAUCCAUUAUCAGAGAAUUAAAUAAAGCAUAUGUUGGUUUUUAUAACAAAUCCAGCAGGGUUUUGCCUGUUGCUAGUGGUAACUGGGGAUGCGGUGCAUUUGGUGGAGAUGCUGAUUUGAAAGUACUUCUUCAAUUAAUGGCAUGUGCAGUAACGAAAAGAUCAUUGUUUUUUUUUACUUUUGGAAAUAAUCCACAAAAAAAAGGAAUUGAUUCUAUGCACAAGUUUUUAAUAGAAAGUAAUAUAAACGUAGGACUCCUUUUUAAGUAUUUAACACAAUUUAGUCAGUAUUACGAAAAAAGGAACAACUUAUUUGAAUUCAUAAAAGGACUUCAUUACCAACAAGUUUUUUCUGUGAGUAUUACAAUAAAGUUAUAAUAACGUAAAAGAUCA